ACCCCAGCUGAUGCCUGGCCGUUUAAGCCCCGCCCCGCUCUCCGGCUCAGCGUUAUACAAGCAGCUAACGCACAACAACCAAACCGAGCUUCGAGCUGGUGACACCGCAGAAGGAUCAGCGGCCAUGGGGGUGACAAUAAGAGUGGAGUACUGUGGUGCAUGAGGAUACGAACCCCGCUAUCGGGAGCUCGCCCAUGCUGUGAAGAGCGAGUUUCCCGAUGCGGAUGUGUCAGGCUUCGUGGGAGGAAGAGGCAGCUUUGAGAUUGUAAUCAAUGGGCAGCUCGUCUUCUCCAAGCUUGAGACUGGUGGUUUCCCGUAUGAGGAUGAUGUCAUGAAUGCAGUCCAGGAUGCCCACGAUGGGAAACCUGUGCAGAAGAUCAUCAAGAGCCGUGCACCAUGCAUCAUCAUGUAGACCUCCCUCCGUCCUGCUGUAACAUCAGCAGCAGAGACAGGCCAGUGCAUCUGUAAACUGCCAGCACCACCAGUGGUUUACAGUGGUUUACCUCCACCUUCCUUAAACUGGCUGGUGUAGAACCUUGCUUAGGAAGAAACCCAACGGAGAUGCAUUAUUAGCACUAGCUACUUUCUCUGAUGCAGAUCUCCACACCCGGCUCUGCCCUCUAGCUUCUCUCUCUCUCUGCUCCCAUAGCAGUGCUCCGGGCUGUUAAUGAUUACUGUGACCUGAAAUGUUAAAGGUUGUGGUAUGAUGAAUCCAUUCCUGGAAUUCCCUUCUUAUAGGAGCAGAGACGGGGAGAAGAUGUCGCGGAGGGGUUGGAGUUGGAGGGAGCUCACUUUUUAUUUUCUUACAGCCUCAUUGCCUGGUGUUCUCUAACUGCCUAACUGUUGGUUGUUGUUUUUUUCUCUUCAAGUCUUUGUUUAUUGAUCUCACAUGCAAUUUCCAGUUUUCAGUGAAUGCAAAGACAGUAGAAAGUAGACGCACAUCAUUUUUAAGCAUAAAGGGAGACUCUUGUUUUCUGCCUCUGCACCACUCGGUGCUGAAUAAUCUGCCAUUAACACAUUUUAUGAGUGGAUAAUUACAGUUUAUUGUACGGGUGAUAGAUAGUGAAUCGGUGUCAUAUAGUUUGCGGUGGUUGAAUGCAGCAUCAAGCUCACAAUAGGUUUCUGUCUUUAUACGUAUCAAAUUGGAACGUGUACACGGUUGAAUGUCAUGCUGCCACUGUUCGGAGCUCUGUCAAGUGUCCGGUCUGAGUCUGAAACCGGUUCUGCAGUUUGUUUUUGUUUUUCAUGUGAAGCUCCUCUGUUUUUUAAACUGGUCAGGUUCUAGAGUGAUCAUCACUUGUGCUUCUGAAGACCACCACCCACUGGUCUGUCAGCUCACACUAAUUAGAUGUCAGCUCAUUUCCCACACGUCCUUUUGCUUUGUCCAAACUGUAGACUUUAAAUAAAGGUAAUGAUUGUUUAGUUUCUGA